UGAAGGGAUUGAAGAAUUUUUUUUCUGGAUUAACACGGCAAGGAUGUCAUCAAAUACCUUGAAAACCUUUUUUUGCGUYCGGUGUAUCAGAUAGCGAUUGAUGUCCCAGUAUAUACAAGGACCCAAUUGCGAUAAAAAUUUCAAAGAUGCCGCCAAAGAAGCGACCCGCUGGGAGCAGUAUUAUUGUACCAGGAACGAAGAGGAGAAAGGGAGUUUCCGUGAGAAUAAAGGAGGAAUCAAAUACGCGUUCCGACGAAAGGAGGAAAUCUCCGAAGGAUGGUGUCAUGCAGCGCUUCCUGGAUUUACUGGGCCAACCGAGGCACAAGCUAGGGGCAUCGAACAAAAUAAUACAAGGUGCAUUUCCCAAAGCAGAAGAGAAGCCAUUGCUCGUACAAGUAAUCAAUGAACUCUCGAAGGCAUCCAAACUAAAAAUGGAAAAGUCAGGAGUAGACAACGAUUUAUACUAUACCCUAGUUUCGGACGAAGUCGCUCAAAAAUACAUCGGUCUUGAUGUUUCUGCUAAAAUGGUUUUACAGUGCAUUGAAAAAGCUGGUAAUAAUGGGAUAUGGACCAAGGAAAUUCGAAUGCAGACCGGAUUGCAACUACAGGGCCUGAACAAGACCUUCAAACAGCUAGAACAACGUUGUCUUAUCAAGCCAGUCAAAUCAGUCAAUGCGAAAGCGAAAAAGCUAUACAUGUUAUAUGACUUGACUCCUUCAAAAGAGAUCACUGGAGGUGUUUGGUAUUCAGGCCUCGAGUUUGACCAUGAGUUUAUCUCAGAACUCCGUACCUUCGUCAUGCACUGUGUGAGAAAACUCAAUGGUGGGAAAGGGGUAACACUGUCUGAAAUCAAGAAAAAGACRGAGCAAGCAAAAGUCAGUAGGGUUGARUUAGGUGUGGACGAUAUCAAGCAACUGGUGCAAACUCUCGUGUUUGAUAAUUAUAUCGAAGAGGGAUAUAGAAACGAUAGCGACGAGGUAUGCUAUGUUUAUGCAAGACCUGUUUCCACAACGUGCGAUUUCAAAUGGUGGGAUGCUCUUUCUCCCGACUUCCAUUUCCGAGCAAUCAAAUUCGAAGAUGGCGUAACUCUUCUCCCUCACGAACCCCACCACCACACUGCGUAAUAAACACAACAUAUUUUUUGAUUUCUUCCUGUAAUAAUAACUGCAUUUUGUGUCGUAUAGUAUCGUGAUUUUUUACUAUGAAAUACUUGAAAGGAUUGCAUUCGCAAAACAUCUUUAGGUUUUAGAAAGAAAAAGUUAAUUAAUUU